AUGGACCAUAGAUUAGAUAUCACGCUGCGCACUUCCACGGGUCAUAUGUCGACAUUCAUUUGUUUUGCGAUGAGUGCGUACCUCAUGAGGCUCGAUUUUGGGUUUCGAAACCUCUCCUACAUUGAACUGGAACGAAGUGGCUCAAUAACUCACUUGGCCUCUUCAGAAGACUGGAUGAAGAACCCGAAAAAACCGACCGCUGAAUUUUACAUUAGGUGGCUACAAAACGAGCCUAUUGUUGAUUCGGCACGGAUUCCAUUGCAUGUACACAAAGUGGAAAAUGGAAUGAAAGUUGGAGGCCCGUGUCCAUUUCAAUUUGGGUUGGAGAAGCUUUUCUCUGUGGGAGAAGAUCCAGACGGGGAUUUUGCAUUAACCGUGGAUAGAAUACGUCUCCUCCACUUCCAAGCGGAAGUACUCAUCAACUCAAAAUCAAGGGGACGUGAUGGCGAUGUGCACAUUUUCAAGUUGAGGCAUGGAGACAUCAUUGAGUGCGUUCGACGUGGCUUUCCGUGCUACAGGAUCAUGUUUCUUCUGGCUGACGCAUUUCCUGCAAAUGAACCAAAGACAUCUUUCCUGCAAUCAUGUCCACAGCGUGUUCUCAAAAAUAUUACCAAGUUUCUGAGUCCUUUGGAAACUUUGAAAAGUGUCAUUCCGGUGUGUCGACGAUUUUUUGAGCUGGUCGGACAAGAUGGCGGCAAUUGGGCCCAUCUGGAGUUCAGAGUUGAGGACAGCGACACCUAUGUUCCAUUCUGGCACUUGGAAGAGUUCUUGGGAGUAUUCGCAAGGCAUGCAGAGAAGCUUUCAUUGGAGCUCAGGGAUCCAGAUCAAAAUAGCAAAGAUGUGUUACACGAUUUCAUUCGUCUAUUUGGAAGAGCUGAUUGGAAGAAGUUGAGGAGUCUCGAAAUUCAUUCCUUGCGAUUAGAUGAUGCGACGAUGAUGAAAUUUCUGCGACACCUACGAGAUUGUGCGCAGCUACAGACCCUUGCAAUAUACUGCUGUGAAUUCGGGACUGCGCUGCUGCUUUUAGCAGCGGCUUAUGCUGGGGAUGUAGUUUUCCCCAAUGUAGAACAAUUAACUCUGCAAUGUUUAUUGAGAGCAAUUUCGUCUGUGGAUGCGAAGCUGGUUUUCCCGAGGCUAAUGAAUUCGCUGUGGCUAGAAUGCGUGAAUUCGAAAGCAGCCGCGCUUGACUAUCUCCGGAAGAUGACGUCACUGGAAAUGCUUUGGAUCCGGUUUCGGCAUUAUUAUUCAAAAGAUGAGCAUGAAAAACGACGGGCACUCUUCAGUAAAUCUGAUGAAUCUUCAAAGGAAUGGCUGGAUAAUUUGAAAUUUAUUUCUCCUGAUUUGUGGGAGUCAAGCAUUCAGUAUUCUAAAAUGGCCAAACUCGAAUGUGUGGCUUUCCAAUUCAAGUUUCCAGAAGAUGUUGACCACAUAGAACAGAUUUUUCACGAACUUCGAGCCUGUGAAAAACUGAGAGGAUUGAUUCUCUGCAUUAGCAGCGAUGAUCAAUGGAAGGUCAUUCGCAAUCGUAUUUACUAUCAAUCAGCCGGAGUCAUCAUAGAGCAGCAGUUGGAGUUCGCUGCAGUGUCAGGAUCAGAUUUCGAAAGCAUCACUUACAUAUUGCCGUUCAUUUUCGAAGAAACGAUGCCCCGCGAAUUGUGGAUACAAGUAAGGCAACUGAAGGAUUUGAACAGUACUCUCAUCCAAAUGAGCGACAGAUGGCAGAAUCUUGACAAGGCUGUCUUUGUAAUGAGAACAGCAACCUCAGAAGGUGGCAAGCAACUAGUGAAGUUAUUCCCAGAAGCACUGAGAAAACAUCUGUUUCUUAAAUGCUCCCUGACCCAGGCGACGCUGCUUUUCCGAAAGAAUAAUGGUUACAAUUUAUUCACAUACAGCAUGGAACAACAACAGGAAGUCCCGUUUACCUCAUCAGCAUUCUUGAGAUUCUUCUCAGAAUGGUUGGAAUAUGUUCCUAGCCGCCAGCAAAUUUAUAAACUUGGCGACUUUGACUUUCUGGAAGCUAUCUUCCCAGGUUGACUCAUUUUGUUGCACUGGUCAUUCUGUGCAAACUUAUCAUCCCGACGCUGACGUGGUUUCAUCGGACUGUAUAAGGGGAUCAAUUUUUUGAAGAAUGCAUGUUCAGUAUUGUAUUGAAGUGUGCCUUUGCUGAUGGUUGAUUUUCUGCGUGAAUUUACGCGUAAUUUUCCGGAAUGAAAAAUGAACCACGAUGAGCUGAUGCGUUGAAUAGAGAAAAUAAUUUCUUGAAAUA